GGAUAAAGCUCUGGGUGCCGCUUGCUCGACCACCCGGAGAAAUUCGUCAAAGAAAGACACAAUGGCGAGAGGGAGCCGGAGCCUGAGAAGAGUAGCUGAUUGCAUCAAAAAGUUACCUCUGACCGCCAGCCGAGAAAUACAGACCAAGAACAGCGUGAGAUACCUGUCGUCAUGUGGGAUCCUGAUGACUCGCGCUCCUUCACUGCUGGGCGCCGCCACGCCAGGGAUCCGCGCCGUGUUGCCCGCGCGGAGCUUCUUCAACCUGACCGACUCCUUCUCCAAGAGGAAGGAGUACUCGGAGAGACGCAUCAUCGGGUAUUCCAUGCAGGAGAUUUAUGACGUGGUGGCCGGAGUGGAAGAGUACCGCCACUUUGUCCCCUGGUGCAAGAAGUCUGAGGUGGUGUUCCAGCGAGCAGGAUUCUGCAAGGCCAAACUGGCCGUGGGCUUCCCGCCGGUGAUGGAGAACUACACCUCUCUAAUCACCUUGAUAUGCCCCCACCUAGUCAAGGCUUCCUGUUCAGAGGGCAGACUGUUCAACCACUUGGAGACGGUUUGGCGUUUCAGCCCCGGCCUCCAGGGAUAUCCCCGUACUUCCACUGUGGAUUUCUCCAUCUCUUUCGAGUUUCGCUCGCUCCUCCAUUCCCAUCUGGCUCACGUCUUCUUCGACGAGGUGGUGAAGCAGAUGGUCUCUGCGUUCAUGCGGCGCGCUGCGCUGGUUCACGGCGAAGAGACGGCCAUCCCCCAGGAGCUCAUGUUCCACAAAAUACACCAGACGUAGCGCGGAGGGAAGCCGGCGGGACGAGGGAAAUGCGAGAGGGCGAGGAGUGCCUUUCUUACACCAACGACCAAGUUUAUGCUCAAGUUUCAUGUCUACUUUAUUAUUUUUUUAAUUAUAUAUUUACAUAAAGGUGUAUAUAUAUAUAUAUAUAUAUAUAUAUAUAUAUAACUGAUGCACCAGCUUGUUCUCGCAGUGGUGCUAGAAACAAACUGCGAGAUGUUCCUCCUUCACUUUCUUUCCGUUAUCGGAGCUGUGGAUCAGGCUGGGUGCCUGUUGGUGAUACCAGAGUUCACAGGUCACACCCGUAGACGCCUCCGCCCCUUUUUUUGUUGUGUAUGUAAAGCUGCUUCGGGAAGACUCGUUACAAGCACAUCUUCCAAAGGUAGAUUUCAGGAUGUGUAGUCAGAAUGUCGUGCAUCGGCUGGCUCAGGAUGCCGUUAGAAGUCGAUUGGAGCCUUUUAGAAAGUUACUGAAGUCAGCAGUGUGGUGAUAAAGACUAUAUUCGCAGUAUUGCUAAAGUUAAAUGUUCCUCUUCUCUUUGUUAUAUAAGUUUAAUUUUUUUUUUUUUUAAAGCUCCAUACUAAAGACUCCGGUCUAACUACUGAGAAAGUAAUCUACGACAAAAAGAAGACAUUUCUGCAGAGGAGUUUAGUUUAAUUUUUAUCAGUGUGACAUUUGCCAAUUAGUAAUUGUUUAGUAUGUUUAAAAAAAAGUGGGGAAAAAUGUUUGUUUUAAAAGGAUCGAUACGCUCACCAGUCUACAACCUGAAGAUGGGUGAUGAAAUGUCACAAAGGGGAAAAGUCAGAUUGUAAUAUUUGGAAAAUGAGGAGAAAUCAAGGCCGUAAUGUAGUUGAAGUUGUAUUAUCUGUCGAUGGUCCUUAGUGUUCAUGUUCCACCGGUCAGGGUGAGGGCAGCAGGUCGUUUGCACCUCCGAACACCUCGAGAUGAGUUCAAUGCAACAGAAAAAAUCAAUGUUUAACUCAAUCUAUAGAACUGUGGUUAAUAUGGAGCAACAAGUCACCACGUUACUAUUAUUCUAAGAAUAAAGGGAGGGUCAAAGUAGUAAAUGUGCUGUAAACUAACCCAUCUUUUAUUUUGCUUUAUUAGGGAGCUUUCUUUUUCUUUCUCCAUGUUACACAUGCGGUGCUCUCGGUAUUGUUAAGGGAACAAUCCUGGACUCAAGAGUUCAACCUGAAAUAUACGGCAAAGUGUGCAAUAUCUUUAGUCCAUAAGGUGUUCUUUUUAAAAGCUAACAUGUUUAUCCAGUUUGUACGAAAAGGGGCUGAACUGGCUGGCAGCACCUUCACCUGUCAGUCAGGACAUAAGCUCCGCCCUGAAGCCUUCAGGUUGCACCUGUCUGACACACAGAUCAGAGUUCUAUUUUAUCAUGUUUGUGUAAAUACUGGUUUGUGUGCUGCUUGUAGAGAGUGUUUUUCAUGUGACGGGGAAAGGACUUGUUUU